CAGGAGUUUUAUCCACUUUGAAUGUCACAAGCCCAUGGAGGCCUGCUGCUCAUCGGGCUGCUAACUGAGGCUUUACCAAACAACUGGUGGAUUUCUGUGAGACAAGAACACACUACAGCUUUGUAAAACUAGUUUCAUGAUGUUUCCUUGGUCUGCUGUUUUCUCCCUCGAGCCCAAAGUGCCCGGCCAGCGCACCACUGAGGAGCUGGUAACCAACACUCUGAUGCUGGAGCUGGGGGCCAUGGUGAAGCGCACUGAACGUAUUCGCUUGGAGAGGGCGACGGAGGGUCGACGCCGCCGCCGCAGCUCCUCCUCCACAGCUGACUACAGCUGGCUGGCCAACGCCCCGACCCCACAACCCUACGAGCUCACUCCCAAUGACCUGCUGGAGCUGCAGGACCUCUGUACCAAGAUCCCUCCUGCACAGUGUGGCCCUGUGAUUGUCAGGUUCCGGGCGCUGGUGUCGCAGAUGGAGCCGGAGGUCCACGAGGUUCCCCGGCUGUUUCGCUCGGUGCUGCGCGACUGCGUGGACGAGGUGAGCGGGAAUGACGCUGUUCAGACGCAGGACCCAGUGUUCGAGAAGCAGCAGCGCAGCAAGAGCCUCUCCUUCGUUACUUUCCGCACCAAGUUUCGCACUGGGAAUUUCUUAAAGGGCAGCGGCAUGAGAGGCUCCAGGGGGAAUCUGCAGCAGCAGGUGGAUUGGUCCGACGAAGAGGAGGACGGAGAAGGGGAGGAGGAAGCCAUCAAGGCCCGGUCGAGGAAGGGAAGGAGCAAGAGCAUGCCGGAGAUCACCCCUUUGGAGCAGAGUGCUCAGGGGUGAGAAGAGAGAGGGAGAGAUAGUGAAGAGGAACUGAUGUGAGGGAGGGGAACAGUGAGGGAAUCAAAUUGAGCCUAAAUUAUAGAGGGUGAGCAUAAAUAUGGGGAAGGACAGAGAGGGGAAGAAAGCUUGUAGGGAUAUGGGGGACAGAACAGAUCUGAAAACUUCUUCUUUCAAAAGAUGGAGAAAUGUCAAGAGAGUGGACUUUUAUAGAUUUCUUUACUUUCAACUUUACUGUCCACUUGCUGAUGAACUUGAAGUCUUUAGUCCAAAUCCAAAAGCACUAUGGUUCUGGUUUCAAAAUGUCUGAAGCAGCAUCAUCUCUGUGUAUCAAAGCUACAAAUGUUUUCUCAUGAAAAUAAUACUUUCCUGCCUUAACAUGCACUCUAAAAAGCAAUUCAAGUAAUCUAUUUGCACACUGAAUUAAAUGAAUGGCUGCACGUUGAUUGCAAACAUUAUUUUGAUGAGUUGGGUUGAUAAUCCUGGUAACUGCAUCAACUUAAUAUUGUGUGUAAUUCAAACCUAAAUUUCUGUUUUGGUGGACCAAAUUCAUGUUUGAAAUCGGUUUGAUAACUUAAUUUUUCUUGAGGCUUUUUCUUGAGUUCAGAAUUUCAAGUCCUUUCUCUUACCCCAACAUGUCUGGACAGUUAAGACUGAUGAUUAAAAACACCCUUGAUUGCAGCGGAAAACCUAAUUUCUUGAACUCAAGAUAGUUUGUUGGUUGAACAUAAUUUCAUUAGAAGUUGUCCUAACUCAAAAAGAUUAAUGCAAACUUGUGCGUUAAUUUUUUUAAGCCCAAACAGUAUUUCUUAGCAAGUGGCUUAGAUGUAACAACAUUGCUUCCUCUACAUUGUGCAGAACUAUGAACUCCUACUUAACCCUCCCCACACAUCGUAGCUCGAUCAAACCAGCUCACCAAGGACUCUAAACUACUCCGUGCUCCAAAACCACGUUGACAGGAUUGGUUCCUCUGUGUUGUUACAUGUGAUCAUGUCAUCGAUACACUUAAAAAUGCUCAGCAAUGGUGUUUAUUGCUUAUUCUGCUCAUGAUGGGUCUUCUAGCAUAUAAACAACAUCAACAACAACAAAAAAAAACACUUGAUUUUCACCGGAGGGGGUCUUUAACAUGGGGAUGUUUAGCAGCAUCAUCACCAUCUCAUGCAGAUGUAAAUAGUAGUAUGGUAACAUUUUCAAACUAGAAAAGCACUCAGAGAGCGUAGUACUCCACCAAGGCUGCUCAAUUGUAUCAUUUCCAACGGCUGAAAUCUUUAAAACAUUUGUGCAUCCAGACUUUAAGCCGCAUCACUUCCAAAAUCUAAUCAGUUGGUCCUUGUGUCAUUUCUGAUCUUUACUGAAAAUUUCAUUCAAAUCCCUUAAUCGAUUUUUGAGUAAUGUUGCUAACAGAGAGACACACAGACAAACCAACAGCGAUCGUCAGAUAACUCCGCUGAGGCUCCGCCUCCCUGGUGGAGUAAUUAUCUAUAAACACAAAGUAGUUUAGCUUAGCAGGUAUUGGGUCAUACAAAGUUAAAUUUUGACCUGAGGAUGGCGCUACAUAAAAAGGUUGUGGAUCACCACAGAUCUUACAAUCUGUCCUGAGGGGGGGCAUCAGUAUGUAAACCAAAUUUAAUGUCUAAAUUCAUGUUUCAGACAGACAGACGCUGUCAUCCCAUGAGUUACGUUCGUGUGAUGACUAAGAACUGCUGCAUUACUAACCUUUGCAUGCUUCAGGUAUCUCUAAAAUCAAACAUGUUAUGCAAGGGCUCUGAAGAGUAGCUCCUGAUGAAUCAUAAACACGCCUCAUGAACUGUCCCUUUAAAAACAUGUUAUGCAACAUACAGGACAGCUGUAUUCUGCCAUAGAUGAGGGAAGGUCAGCUCAGGGCGUUUGUCGCUGUACACUCAGCAGCCACAGUUUGGCUCCAGAUCCUCAGCCUUGUCCCUGGUGCUCUAUCUUAGGGCAGAUACUUGUAAGCAAGAAAUAACUAGAAUAAUGUCUUUUUUAAUUGUAAAUAUUACGUGUUUGCAGAAAUAGAUAUUUAUAAAUUGAAAUACAAUUUCUCUUCUGUGCGAUUAAAUCUUUGCUUUUUUCAUGAAGA